UUCAUGCAUGUUUCUGCUGUGAAAUGUAAAUUAUUUCGCCGGGCGGGGGGAAAGUGUCCCGUGGCUGCAGAGGUCAGACCCCGUAGCCAUGAGAAUGACGUGUUUGUUUGUUUUCUUCUUCAUACUUGUUCGUAAAGAUCGUGUUAUCUCAAUAACCGUUGCGGUGGGACACGAGCAGUGGGUGGGAUAUCGCUGUGAAGUGGGUGGGUAUAGUUCCACAGAUAUGCAAGAAAGAAAGCCCACUUUACGAGCUUUACGCACGGGGCGGGCCUUUCAUUCAUGCGAGUUGGGGGUGUAGGCCACUCAGUCAAAGACAAUCAAAGAUGUUUGAGUUUCCAUGCGCAGUGACCAGGGAGGUAAAGCGCAGAGCCGUUUUACCCCUCCUCCAGUUCUAGCUCCGAUCUUUCCGGCCUCCGAACAACACUGGCUUUUAAAUCACAUUUCACCGGAGGAAGCUUUUUUUCCGGUUAAAAAGAAAACUGGUCAUGCGAUGCGAUUUAUUUCUGCCGGAGGGAAGAAGGAACAACUAGAUACGACCUGUUGGCGAUGAUGGAUUACUCAAAGGCGCAAAUGUCGAACUUAUCCGAGGAGGGCAGUUCAGCUGGGUGCCCACAGUCCAGUAAUGCCGGAGUGAAGCUGGAGGCGGUGAUGAAGCAGCUGCAGAGACAACAUGGAGCCAAACUGGAGAUGAACCUGCAAGAGAAACAACUUCUUCACGCCCAGCUCCUGUUUGCUCAACGCGCCGCUGCAGCCAGAGCAUCUGGCUCCAGACUAGAAUCCACAUUAUUUGGCAAAGCAGAUGGACCGACUUAUCAAGCAUCCCAACACGCUUUGAACAGCCACCUCAGCAGAAUAGAUCCAGAUGAGGAAGAUGAAGACUCUGAUGAGGAGGAGCAGGAAAUGGCGGAGCCUGAAGUGAAUGGCGAGAUUGAGGAAAACAAUGAUGAUGAGGAGGAGGAGGCCGUGGGGGACGGGCCUCAUCAGCAAGUGAAGAAGCCUGGACUCCCGCCGGUUGCAGGCUUCCCUUUCGCUCCGUACUCCACACCUCACUCGUCUUCUGUGAAGCAAAUGUCAGAAUCUCCGCCUUCAGCAAUAAAACAGGAGCAUGAGGAGAAAGAGCUUCUGUCUCCUGCAGGCCAACACAGCUUCACAUCACCCAAUGGCUUCGCUGACUGGGGAUAUGACGAGCCACUCAAACAAAGAGGAAAUGCCAUCUGGGCUGAGGAAGCUGAUGGAGGAAAAAUAAAAGGAGAACCAUCCAGGGACUUUGCCAAGCUAUAUGAACUAGACAAUGACGCACAACGGAAGGAGUUCCUUGAUGAACUCUUUGUCUUUAUGCAGAAACGAGGAACUCCUGUGAACCGCAUCCCCAUCAUGGCAAAGCAGGUGCUGGACCUGUACAGGCUUUAUAAGCUUGUGACAGAGAAGGGAGGCCUGGUGGAGGUUAUUAACAAGAAGAUCUGGAGGGAGAUUACCAAAGGUCUCAACCUCCCCACAUCCAUCACCAGCGCAGCCUUCACUCUCCGCACCCAAUAUAUGAAGUACCUCUACCCGUUUGAGUGUGACAAGAAGGGUCUGAGUUCUCCAGGAGAGUUGCAGGCUGCCAUUGACAGUAAUCGCAGAGAAGGUCGACGUCCCAGCUACACCAACAGCUUAUACCGCUACUCCUCCUCCCCGAGCUCCGCUUCACAUGCCAUGCUCUCUCCACCCACCAUGCAACCAACCCCGACCGGAUACGACGGCCUGAAUACAUCCGCCAGCCCAAAUCUGAAGAGAAACACAGAUGAGAAGUCAACCCCUGUGUUACCCAGCCGGCUGCCCAUGUCUCUGGCCCUGGGGCAGCAGCAGCAGCAGCAGCUGGCACAAGCGGCCACGAUGGAGCAUUUCAGAGAGAGACUGGAGCGAGGAGCCGGAGGAGCUGCAGCCGAAGGUCCGGAGAAGAAAAUGAUGCGGAUGGCGGAGGAGCAGCAACGCUUCAUGCAGCAGGCCCUCCAACAAAAUCUCCUGGCCUUUGCGUCUCACUUCAACCCCGUGAACCUCAAACUUAACAAUGGACAUGAGAGCAAACAGGAUUUGUCUCUGAGUAUCUCCACCAAUGGAGCAGCCAGUAUCAGUGUAUCUGUGGAGGUCAACGGCACCGUUUACUCAGGGAAGCUGUUCGCCCAGAAGUCAGCUGCUGCUGUGCCGCCACAGAAUGUAACUCUGGCAGGAACAAAUGGUUUCAGUGCCAUGUCCUCCUCACACAGCCCCUCCUCUUCAUCCUCUUCCCCCUCCUCCUCCAAGGGACCACAUUAAGCCCCAUUGGUCUUUAAAGCUGUCGUUAGCUAAUGUUAUAAUACAUUUGCAAUAUGCAUACCUUUCUUGUCAGGCUAGGACUUUGUAGACUCUACUUCUGUUUGAUUGUACACCUCUACUCGUACUCGUUGACCUCCCAGUCGUUCUCUCAAGCAGUGCAGUGCCUUUUUGUCAAUCUCAGCCGUACCACAUGAGGACAUUUAGUAUUUAAUUUUUCCAUUUUGGCAACGUAAUGUGCUUUAAAUGAGUCUCGUCAAGGGUACAUUGAUAUUUUACCUAAAAAGCUCACACAUUUACCAUGAAAUAGAUUCAGAUCGUACUUACCUUUGUGCCUGUUAGAAGCUUUUCUGUUUUAAAAUGUAGUGGCAUUCAUGUCUAAAGGGCUUCACACGGCUUGUUCAGAAGUGUCUAUUUAUCCUCGUUGGGUGUCAACUGCAUUCAUAGCAAAUUAUCAAACAGUUUUUAGCUGCCUUUUUUUCCACAGUAGAGCAGUUUGGUUGCCAAAAGUGCAGCUAAUGAAGACCAAAAAGCCUUAGCUCCAUGUCAUAGCUUCUGUCUAUAACAGUUUCUGAAGCCAUUUUGUAUCCCUCUUAGUAAACGUUUGAGUGAAAGCUCAUACUUUAUACUUUUCAUAGCAAUUUUCGGGGAUUAUGUACGCCAUCGGUUUCCUUUUAGAGUUAGAUACAUUUGCUCCAGAUUGGUUGGAUUUAUGUUUUUUAUUCUAUUUCAUUUAACUCUUAUUUAAUCAUGUGGCUCGGCCUCAAACUUACAGACUUUAUUUCAAGUCAGCUAUGAAAAAUUGGAGACAAGAUUUUGCUGGGAAUUGUAUGUCGGAUGGAAGUGAUUCAACAUUUACCUCAAUUGACUUUCCAUGUUGGUAAGUUUCUCUGGAAUUUAUUCUGGAUUCAGGAAUGUCCUCUGGACUCAUCAUAGUUUAACUGUAGCUCAUUAUAUAUUGCAGUGUUGUAUUUGCAUAAACAGAUAAUGUAUCAAUAAUGACCUCAAGCUUUUGACAAGUGAACACUGAAACAGUUCUACCUCACUCUUCUGGAGAAAUAUGCAAUACUUAAUGCAGCAUGUGUUGGUUAAGCCAUCUGCUGAAAUAUACUGUAUGUGGACAAUCAAGUAGACAUAUCAAUCAUGCAAACAAAUGUCACUGAACUUGGACAUGUGGUCAUGAAGAAUAAAACAAUCUUGUGUGCUGUUGAAA